ACGUUUUGUGCAGAAGGAGAUUUUUAUCAGCUGAUUUCUCUAUUGAUGAGAUGACAGAUUUGCUGCAUCUGGCGUCUGACACGGAGAGGAACCUCUUGCCCACGUUGUCGGGGCUCAGCAGAAACGAUAUCGACAGCAUUUGGGGUUACGUUGCGGAGUACAUAGAACAUCAAAUGACUUCACAGAAGGGUGUCCACGUGGCCGGCCUGGGCACCUUCUCUUUCUCCCAGCUACAGCUGGACCUGGGAAACAAGAUGGCGGUGAUCCAGAGACCCAUCUUCCUCCUGGCUGAGAAGCUGGUCCAGACCCAGAACCUGAGGCAUAAGAGACCCCUGGCCACAGCGUUUCUAGAGUCCCUGGUUCACCCUGCAGGUGGGCAUGAAGUUCAACAGGGACUUUGUGAGGACCCUGGACUCUACCGGAAGACUCCUGCUGGCCCUGUCCAACGUGAAGAGAGAGAGAGAGAGAGGGCGAGAGAGAGAGAGAGAGAGAGAGAGAGAGAGAGAGAGAGAGAUUCGUAUUUCCGUCACACACUCAUAAUCAAAAUCACAACAAAAAAACAGGUUCUCAUUUUUGUACGUUUCUUAAAGCUUUCUAUCAAUAUCUUCGUAUUAACUCAUCGAAUGCAUGUUGACCCAACAAACGUUUGGUGUUUUUCUUCCACACACGCCCCAUGGGCCCAGAGACCUGGUAGCAGUGUUUCUCUGAUGUCAGCACGCCUGAGCCCCGCGGGCUCCACCAAACUGCCCUCCGUCGUGUGCCCCCAGAGAGGGACCCCGUCUGGGGCCGGAGACGGACACAGGCCCCUACCGGCCCCGGACAGCACGGACACAGCAGGGCCCAGGGAUCCCAGACCCAGCCGACCUGACCCCGCUGAGAGGUCAGGAGUCCACGGGGUCCCCCUCUCUGGGGGUCCGAAGAACAGCGACUACCCCCCACAGGCUGCUAAGAAGAGCAGUGUCUCCUUUUCACCACCAGAGGGAGUAGUGACAGAGGAAGCCCCUCACAGAGAAACGAGGUGCACUGGACACACCCGUGCUGGACAGGAGCUGUGUUACUUGUGCAUGCAGCGCUCCCAGAGGAACGUCCCCCUCUACCUGCGGGAGGCGAGGAGGGCGGAGGAGGUGGAGCAGGAGGUGCUGCUCCUCCUCAAAGGUCAGCAGGAGGAGGAGCUCUACCUGCAGGGAGAACAGGCUCAUUUGGGCCAGCAGAGGGCGUUCUCUGAGCAGGUGGCGGCGUUCAACCUGGGGGCGUCCAAGACCCUGAAGGAACAGAGAGCCCAGAAACCCCAGUUCCACGGCUCCUACCUCUUUGCCGAGCGGCCCCUUACGGCGGCCCUGCAGGGGGCCCGGGAGCGGGGCCACCUGGAGGGGCUCCGGGACCAGCUGCUGAGCCAGCGGAGCCGCGGCCGCCGGGCCCAGCAGGAGAGGCUGCUCCUGGAGAGGGUGGACCAGGCCCAGCUGGCCCAGGAGGUUGCUUUGCAGAGGAAGCAGCAGUUUCUUCAGAAACAGCAGAGAGUCGACCACUACCGAAGAGCCCUGGACUUACAGGUGGAACACGGCAGGGGACCGCAGUGUACGCAGGACCGGCAGCCAAUCAGCACUGGGGUUGGGCGGUGGGAGUCGGAAGCCACGGCCAAUGAGAACCGAGAAAGAGCGCAGAAGGUGUCCCAGGAGCAGUUAAUGGCCGCCACGCAGAAGAGAAAAGAGGACGCGUCAAGACGAAGAACACAGCAGCAGACAGAGAAGGAGAUGCUCAGCCUCAACCGCAAGGAGUUGAUUCUGGACCAUCUCAGAUGCUUCGAGGCCUCCAAGGACAUGCGUGCAUCGCUGGAGGACACCUGGAGGGACAGCGCCCGGCUGAAGCUACGCCGGGAGGAGGAGGAGAAGAGCUUCCGCAGGUCCGGGGGGGCCCUCCUGUUGGAUCAGGGCGACCAGCAUCGCCGCUGCCACCAGUGCAAGAGGAAGCCUGGCAACCAGGGCCAGAGCAACAUCUGGAGAGAGUCGUGUUACACCUCUGGCUCGCGCAUCAUGAUGUGAUGAAACACCACUGGAUGACCAGGCAGCCGGGAGACCAACUAAAGGGGACCUUUAUGGGGAAUUUGCGUGCCAGUAAUCGUUUGGGGAUUUUUGUGUUUUGUGGAGGUAUUCUGUGGGAAUUGGGUUUGUUGUUGUGUAGGAGUGGUUUUUCUUUGAAUCGUGUGGUCAUUCGAGAGGUAUUGAAAUAAUUUAGAUGAUCACUAUUUACCAAUCAAUAUUUACUUAAUUUAUUGAAUUUAUUUAACACACAGACAAAUCAAAUUUGGAAUCUCCUCAAACAGAUCUCAGGUCUCAAAGGGCCUGAAUGUUUGCAGGUUGGUUUCCAAGGGAAAUUCCAGCGUUCGGUGAACCAGUGUGAGCCUCAUUCGGGUCACACUCAUCAUUUUUUGAAAUAAACAUUUGUCCCGCAAGCACAGGAGUAGGAAGACAUGGUUGAGGAGGUAAGGAGACAGGGAUAGUUGAUAGGGAAGGAUAGGAUUAGGAGACAGAGGUAGAUCCUAGCUAAGGAAGGAUAGGAUUAGGAGACAGGGGAGCAGAUAAGGAAUGAUAGCAUUAGGAGACAGGGGAGACGGUAGAUAAGGGAGGAUAGGAGAGUAGGAGACAUGGAUAUAUCAGACGGUGGGCUGUGCUUGUGCGACAUGAGUUGAUGAGAAAAGUGAUGUACGUGAUGUUGCAGGACGAGUGACAGUGAGGGGUGAUGGGUGUAUAGGAUGAUGAGUGAUAGUGAGGGGUGAUGUACGUGAUGUGUUUGAUGGCAACAUGGCCCUGGCGCUGAUCCCAGUCUUCCGUCACGCCUGCAUGAUGCUUCUGGAACACAUUCAUCAUCGUAACUCCACGUGACAGACAAAAGAAGGAUUUCCUAUGACACAAUGCUGAUUGAUGUAAUAAAUGACAGACACAGUGUGUAUGUGUUUUCAUGGGUCAGUGUAUGUGUGUGUGUGUGUUUCAGGGUGUGCGUCUGUCUGUUUUGUGUUUCUGUGUGUUUGUUCUUAAGUGAAUGGACAUCCUAUGUCAUUUAGAAUUUCAAUGAAAACGUAUGAUCAUAGAAAAUAAAAAAUGAAAAACGUG